AUGGGUCAUCGAGGCCGGGUCAGGCAGACCCUCAUUCUGGCCUUGAUGGUGGGGCUGGCCCUGGGGCCAGCCCCAUCCUGGAGUUGCUUGCAGUGUGAUCCGAGUUUUGCCAUGCAGUUUGCCUCGUACAUCCCCCAACUGAGCCGCAAGUCCUGGGGUAUCGGGGAUGUGCCGGCAGCAGGUCGGCGGCUGCGGGGUUGGGCUCAAGACACGUUGGACGAGAUUCGCCUCGAUGUCCCCCUUGAGAUCCCUCUUGAGGAACUCCAGAAAGUAGCAGUGAAAACCUAUUCGAAACUUAAUGCUGUGUUCAAAGGGAAAACCUAUAAGCCAGGUGUUCUUCCGGAAACCCUGCGUUCCAUAUUCCAGGAACAAGUCUCAAUGCUGCGAGAUGCCAUCAUUGAAAGUAGGGUGAAGUGUGAACGCCAUUGUGGAAUCAACUGGUACGAUGCCAUCUCUUGUGAAACAUGUAACUUGACCAAGCCCAGCUGUUUUGGAUAUAACUGCGAGUCCUCAAGAGAAUGGGAAAAUGCCCUGAAAGACCUGUAUGCCUACAUAAACAAUUUGCAGACGACACCUGCAAAGUUGGCGGUAGCCCUGAAGGAAAUCCCCAUCUUUAGCAACUGCACAGCCAUAAGCUUAGAGAAUCUGAACUUUGACAGUAUCAAUGCUACGCUGUCCCAGAACUGGCUCACAGCGAAGGCCAAGAACGAGAGCGGCGGGGAAACGCCAGCGGCGGAAGCGCCGGCGGCGGAAUCGCGGGCGCCCAGCUGCCCAAUCAACACUGUUGUGAACUGCGACGGAUUCAAGCAGAUAAGGCCCCCCCUCCCCCCCACGAGAAGGCGACUGAGGCUGCGGGCCAGUGUUUUCACCAUGAGGCCACUGCUGUCGCAGACGGGGGCUCUGGCACGGACCCCUUGA